AUGUUGAGUAUUUCUAGAAGAGUCAUUAAAUUUAUAAAAUUGGCCCUGGUUUUACUAUUAAUAAUAUCUAUUAUUAUAGUAAGUACAGGCUAUAGUGAAACUGCAAACGAUACUGUUGCAUAUUAUACUAAUAGUAUACAAGAAUAUGUGGACACUUAUAUUUUACCUGAAAAAGAAAAAAUUGAAACUGAUGAUGAAGCCCUAGAGGAUAUAGAGUUAGAUUUUGAAAAUAUCGAAAAGGGUAAUGACGAUGAAUUUGAACAUGAUAUGUUUGCAGAUCAAGAAAAUCCUACUGAAAAUGAUCAAAGUAAAACUGUAGCAGAUUUUUUCCAUCAUAUGUUUAAGACUAUUGCAACAUAUUCACCAACUUUGAAAAAUUCAAAAAGUUAUAAAGAUAGUUGCUUGUUAGAUCGUGAUAUCGGUACAAGACCAGAUAAUUAUAAAGAUUGGUUUAAAUUAACACAGAAUAACUUAAAUGGUUGUUUAGAGAUAUCUGAUGAAGAAUUUGAACAUUUAAGAGAUAAACAUGCAGAAUUCAUUUUAGCUUUAUAUGGUAUGGAUAUUCAAGAAUUAACUACAGCAAAAGAAUUAAGCGAAGAUAAUUCAAUUAAUUCUUAUUAUAAAAGUGAUGGUAUUGUUAUUGUAGGAGGUGAUAAAUAUACUCUAUUGGCAUUUUUAUCUAUUAAGACUCUAAGAGAAUUUAAUACGACUUUACCCGUUGAAGUAUUCAUUCCAAAUGGUGAAUCAUAUGAUAGUAAAUUUUGUAAUGAUCUUUUACCACAAUAUAAUGCCAAAUGUAUCUACCUUUCAGAUAUUUUAUCUCAGGAGACUAUUGAGCAAAAUCAAUUUUUUGGUUAUCAAUAUAAAUCUUUAGCAAUCGUUGCUUCUUCAUUUGCCAACGUUUUAUUAUUAGAUGCCGAUAAUUUUGCAAUUACCAACUUGGAUGAUAUUUUUGAUUCUAAAGUAUUCAAAGAGAAUGGUUUAGUGUUAUGGCCUGAUUUUUGGAGACGUACUACUGCUCCAAAAUAUUAUGAUAUCGCAGGGGUAAAUUAUAAUCCAUCUAUUCGUGUUAGAAAUUCCGUUGAUGAUGUAAGUCCCGUCGAUAUGUACGAUAACAAGCAAAAUGACCUUGAAAAUAUUCCAUUCCAUGAUUUUGAAGGUACUUUACCAGACAUGUCUACCGAAUCAGGUCAACUGUUAAUCAAUAAACAUAAACAUUUAAAGACUAUCAUUUUAUCCCUUUAUUAUAACUUCAAUGGUCCAAAUUGGUAUUAUUCUAUCUUUUCUCAAAGAGCCGCAGGGGAGGGUGAUAAAGAAACAUUUAUUGCAGCAGCACAUUAUUUGGACUUACCUUUCUAUCAAGUAAGGACGGGUCCAGGUGUUGACGGUUAUUCCAAGAAGGAAAAUAAUAAUGAUUACCGUGGUGUUGGUAUUUUACAACAUAAUUUCAUUCAAGAUAAUGCUAGAUAUGAAGCAGCAGUGGCAGAUUACAAAGAUAAGAAAUUCGGUCCAUUUACAGAAGAACAAGUCAGCUCGUUCACUCUAGACACAUUUUAUUCGCAUUAUUUUGAAGGUGAUUCAACAAAAGAAGUUGAUAUAAUGUUUAUUCAUGCGAAUUAUCCAAAAUUCGAUCCGGUAGCACUUUAUCAAUCAAAGGAUUUCAUGUAUAAUGGGGAUCAUUUCAGAUCAUAUAACAAUUUAAAAAGAAUAAACAAUUUUGAUCUUGAAUUAUGUGUUUGGGGUACCUUAAAAGAAUUCGUUUGUUCCAAUAGAAUGUAUUUCCCAUAUUUGAAUCAUGCUUUAGACGAUAAUGAAGACGAAUAUGCAGGUAUGUGUAAAUAUAUUGAGGAUAGGGCCAAUCAUAUGGAAGCAACACACAAAGAAGCCCUUUCAUCUGAUUAG